UAGCCUGCUCUCCCUAGUGACGUAAUGGGAUGUCCUGGUGACCACCAUAACAAGUUGAACAUUUUCCAUGAAAAAAGUUACAGACCUUUACCAAUAAAAACAGCAAAAUGACAACAGUAAGAAGAACUUUCCAGACGCACAGUCAGCGUAAUGCACGCAUGGACCAAACCAGGCGUGAAGAGGAGAUGAGGGAAGACACAAUAAAACAACUGAGCCAGGAGAAGAUGCUUGAAGCCAACAUGGCAAGUGAGGAUAGGGUUGAAGAGAAAAGGUUCCUGAGAAGAAUGCAGAUGGCUGAUAAAGAAAGAGAAAUGCAAGAUUCAAUAUUAAAGGCUGAAAGGGAUCGUAUCAUAAAAGAAGAGCAAAUGCUACAAGAAGAGAGGAUGGCAAUGGAGCUUGAGAAAAUUAAACUUGAGGGAACGAGGGAUGAAAAAAUGAGACAACAAAUCAGGGAAAAUAGUAUUGAACUUCGUGAAUUAGAAGCCAAACUUAAGUCAGCUUACAUGAACAAAGAGCGUGCUGCACAACUUGCAGAGAAAGAUGCCUUGAAGUAUGACAGAAUGGCAAGGGAGGCUGAGAUAGCGCGCCAGAUGAAGACAGAGAAUGAGAGAGCACAGUCCGCCGAGAGAGAUCGGGAGCUAGAACGCUUUCAGGAACAGAUUCGGUACCAGCAGGAGCUAGAACGACAGUUAGAGGAACAAGAGGUUAAGAAACAACAAGCCUAUGAAGAGUUCCUGAAAGAAAAGCUCAUGAUUGAUGAGAUUGUGCGUAAGAUAUACGAGGAAGACCAAAAUGAACGUGAAAUUGCUCUUCAGAAAAGAAAAGCCACACAAAAAUAUAUUGAAGAAUUUAAAGCCAAACGUCAAGUUUGGAAAGACAUUGAAAAACAGAAAAUGGAGGAAGAAAAUCGUAAAAUCAUGGAAUUUGCUAAAGUCCAGGCUGAAAGGGAGGCAUUACGCCAAGAUGAAAAGAAAGAGAAAGACGAAGCAAUGGCCAAAGUGCAACAAUCACUUGCUGAAGAUAUUGCAAGACUCGAACAGGAGAGGACAGAGAUGGAGAGGAUACGUCAGGAGCUGGCCCUUGAAGAACAAGAGGAGGCUGAGAGACAAAAGGAGAAAGAUGACAUGGAAAAUAGAAUUAGAGCCAGACUUGACCUACAGGCUUCAUAUGAGAAACAGCUUGAGUAUAAGCGUUUGCGUCAAGAUGCUGAACUACAAGAGGAAGAGGAGUUCAAGAGACAGAUGUUGGCCAAGUUUGCUGAGGAUGAUCGUAUCGAGCAAAUGAAUGCUAACAAACGUCGCAUGAAGCAAUUGGAGCACAAGCGAGCUGUGGAGGAGUUGUUAGCACAGAGACGUGCGCAAUAUGCUGCAGAUAGGGAACGCGAGCUUGGCGAAAGACAGGAAGAGGAGCGUUUGGAGGAAUUCCGCAGACAAAUCGUGGAACAGGAGAGGAUCAAGCUUCUCAAAGAACAUGCACACAAACUUUUGGGGUAUCUACCAAAGGGGGUUAUCAGAGACACACAAGAUCUCGAAAACCUGGGUAGUGACUUUAAACAAGAAUAUACCAAGAGGAAUAUAGACCCGUUUGAUGAGAGUGCAUUUGAAAAUACUCAAAGUAGGAGGUUCUAAUCUAGCGUAGUAAUUAAUGAAUUAUUUGAUGCCGGAAAUGAUGAGACACUUCUGAGGUCAGUAUUUGGAAUCAUCAUAACUUAAGAUUUGGUUGCAAGCAGUCAUUGUUAAUCAAAAAAUCAUAACAAUUUUCUAUGAAUCGUAAGUUAUGAGUGUCCCAAAAAAGAUCUCUUAUUAGAAAGACUGAAAGGAUGGAGAAUGCACAAUUGGAAGAAAUAUGUAUAAUUUCAUUCUCCUGUUUUAUUUUUUAUAAACAGUUUUCUUCAGAGUUUAAUAUUUAUCCGUCCAUAUAUAAAAUCUCAACAUUUCUAGAUUUAUCCUUCAAUAUAUUUCUCAACAUUCCAGGGAUAGGGCGGAAAUGAUAAUGUGAUGAUCAAUCAAGAAAAUGGAAGGUUUCAUUGCCACACCAUUCCAUCUCAUUUGAAUUUAAAUACUUAUAGGUCUAUGUGUAAACAUGACUUGGGCCAAAAGAGGGAAUAUUUUAACUCAAUGCAAUUUGAAUAUUUUGAGUAUCAUGAUCGCAUGAAUAAAUCAGUGAUCAGAAAAUCUGUGGUUUUGAUACACAUUUGUGAGAUCACAUGCCAGUCCAGAAAGUCCUGUAAAUAUUGUAAAUAUGACUUAACUGAGACUUACAUGCUCA